AUGUCCCCUUCCCCUGCGUCCGCCGAGCCGAUGGAUGUGCGUGUGCGUGUAACGCCACCUUUGGAAGAGUAUGAUGCAGCCAACGAGCGCACGCGCCCGCUGCGUGCGACGCGUGUGCCUUCAUCGCGCUUGGGGCGUCUCCUGCACUAUGGCAGCCUGGGUGCCGGGCUAGCAUGGGGAUCUGCCGGUGAGUACAUGCGGCGCGCCACAUCUGGCGCGCCGCCGUCUGGACCACGAUCGCCUGCGUUUCUCAGCCCCCGCAAUGUAGACCGACUGGUGGAUAAGCUGACGACUAUGCGGGGCGCCGCACUAAAGCUGGGCCAGUUUCUCUCGAUUCAAGACAGUAAUGCUUUGCCGCCCCAAGUCGAAGAAGUGUUGUUGCGCGUCCAGGACACGGCGCAUUACAUGCCAGCUUGGCAGCUGGAGCAGGUAAUGCGCGAGGAGCUUGGCGAUGACUGGCGUACGCGUUUUGCUUCCUUUGAUGAGCGCCCUCUCGCAGCAGCAUCAAUUGGGCAGGUGCACACCGCGGUGCUUGCAGAUCCGUUCCCGUCGCAGCCACAUCUCGCUGGGCAGCGUGUUGCAGUCAAGGUGCAGUUCCCUGGCGUCUCCGAGUCGAUCGCGAGCGACCUGUCGAACAUCAAGUGGCUGCUUGCUGCGAGUGCGCUCUUGCCCAAAGGGCUGUUCCUCGAGAAUUCGGUGCGGGUCCUACAACAGGAACUGCAGGAGGAGUGCGACUAUCUGCGUGAGGCCGAGAUGGGCCGUCGCUUCCGCGCUCAUGUACGUGCGAUGGGUCCCUCGGGAGACGGGGCCCUGUCGUUUGAGGUGCCGGAAGUGGUGGACGAGCUGUCCACGAGGCGCAUACUCACGACUGAGUUUAUGCGCGGUCGUCCACUCACGCAUGCGGCGACGCAGGACCAGGCGACCCGCGACGCCAUUGCACAUGCGAUUAUGGAGCUGAGCCUGCGUGAGCUCUUUGACUGGCACCUGAUGCAGACGGACCCGAACUGGACCAACUUUUUGUACCACGACGGCCGCCGAGCGAUCCAGCUCAUUGACUUUGGCGCGACGCGAUCGUACUCGCCGGAGUUCAUUGCCAAGUGGCUGGGGCUGCUUCGCGCUGCGGUGAGUGGCGAUCGCGCGUUGUGUGAACGGUGGAGUGUAGACAUUGGCUAUUUGACAGGCCAAGAGUCGGAGGCCAUGCGCGCUGCACACGUCGACUCGAUGGUUGCGCUCGGCGAGCCAUUCCGUGCUGAUGCGCCCGUACCAUAUCCAUUUGCUCAGCAAACGAUUACAGAGCGUGUGAAGGGCCAAAUCCCGCUCAUGCUCCGUGAGCGCCAACGGCCGCCGCCGCCGGAGACCUACUCUUUGAACCGCAAGCUGAGUGGUGCAUUUUUGCUGUGCUCGCGCCUGCAGGCGCGGGUGAACUGCCGCGAUCUGUUUGCGCGCGUGACACAACCAUACCCCGCCAGUGUGCCGGUGGCGCGUCUUCACACGCGAGCGGGCAACUAUCUGGGCGAAGACCUCUCGGAACGCUGGUCGCACGUGCCGACAGAGCGGAGUGCUAUCCGGCACUGGCGACACGAGAAGCGGCGUCACGGGCGAGUGUCUAUGGAGGCGGAGCCUAGUCCUGAUACCCUUGCGGGGCAUGUGCGAGUGCGUGAUGUACAAGUGCCGUUGCGGCCCCGCGCGCCAGGCCCCGAGGACUGCUGCAUGUCUGGAUGUAUCAACUGCGUACACACCCUCUACCUGGACGAGCUGGAGGAGUACGGAAAAACGAUGAAAGAAGUCCGCAAGCGUCUCGCGCACUAUGAGCCGCCGAUUGGACCGGACGAAUGGGACACGAAGCGCCUAGGGCCCCUGCCGCACGGCGACGCGUCGGAAGCGGAGGCACAGGCCUCCAAGGAGGCGAGUGCACCGAAGAUGGACGCGUCCAUGGCGGCAUUCCUGGAGCUGGAGCGCAAGCUCAAGUCGUCGAAAUGA